UUCGCUGCUCACUGUCGUUUCGCCACGAUUGCCAGCGCCAGAUAGUUGAAUAUAUUUAAUAAAAGCAUGCUUAGAAACGUGAUUUUCAUUUUUGGAAUAUAUUGAUUUAGGUGUACCAGUUUUAUGCAGUACAAAAGUGGAAAUUGAGUGGAAGCGCAUUGUGUUUUGUGAAGGAAAAAUCUUUUCCGAAAAAGCGCAGUGGAGACGGUUCGGUCAGUGCCCGACUGCACAAAAACGAGGCGAACGAUCGUUGUGAAGAAGAGUGAAUAAGAAGAAACAAAAGAAGAUCUGACUGAAGUGCGUGUAGACGGACGGAAACGAAAAAACGCCCUUUUGGAGGAAAUUCUAAUUGAAAGUAGAUGAAAAUUGAUUAUGUCGACGUUACACUUUGUGGUGCACCCGCUGCCAGGAACGGAAGACCAGUUAAACGACAGAAUCCGUGAAGUGGCAGAUAAAAUCAAUAAAUAUGGAGUGCAAACGCUACCGGCAUUACAAUCGCUUAAAGUUCCAGUCAAACAAAUCGUGAUCGGACCGGCUCAUUUGGGAAUACUGCUUGAGGAUGGCCGUGCUUUUCGUGUUGCCUUUUCUAUAAUCCCGGAACGGUUAGAUCUUAGCAAACAGGAUGCGAAUAAGACAAGCGGUGCCAGUGGUGGCACAACCACAAGCCAAUCGAACAAUAAUUCCAAAAAUUCCCCGGCCUCACGACAGUGCCGCUCGCGUGCCCGUAUUAUGCGUACCAGCAACUCGGUUCGUGGCGGCGUUAGCUCGCAGGGUUCGGGCUCACGAAGUACCGGCGUGAUCAUGGGCGGUGGUUCUUCCGGCAGUCGAUCACUGGUGUCGGUCCCGGCUCCGUUCGUUCCGGAGGAGCUGGUCACCCAGGCGCAGGUGGUUCUGCAAGGUAAAAGCCGCAACUUGAUCAUCCGCGAGUUGCAGCGCACCAAUCUGGACGUGAAUCUGGCGGUGAACAAUUUACUAUCGCGUGACGACGAGGGCGGUGACGAUACGGAAGAGGGCAGUGACAAUUAUGUGGCGGAGGAUCUGAUUUCGCUGCUGGACGGAGGCUUUCAUGCGGACAACAGCGUUAUUAUCGAUGCCGAAGCCAUGUUCUCGGAGGAUAUGUUUGGAUUUUCGAACAUUCGGAAUUUGAUGUUAUACAGUCGUGCUCGUAGUGAACGAAAUCAGAAUAGCUCCUCGUCUGCCGGUGGUUCCGGAAACGGUUCCGCUGGUGGAGGUGGCGGCGGCAGCAGCGGCGGUGGUGGAGGCGGUGGUAGCAGCAGCAGUGCCGGCGGAGGAACCGGAGGCUCGGGUGGCACCUCCAGUGCACCAGGGUCAGCAGACGCGAGCACCGGUAGCGCUGUGAGACAGAGCAGUGCUGGUUCGGCCGGUGUUGGAGUUGCCGGUGGAAACGGAACGGGCGUCGCCACCGUAGGAGUCGCUGGAGGGUCAACUGGAGUCAGUGCCGGAUCUAGCGGAGGUACUGCUGCCGUUGGUUUGAACAGUACCGAACGCGAAGGGUUUGGUCGCUGGCGCGACCGGCAGUACUUUGGCCCUCGCAGGUGGUUCCAAAGCGGUCGAGAGGAUGGUUGGGACAAGGAAAGUGUUAAACUUUACUACACUCUAGAUCCGAAGAAGAAGGACUAUGGCUCCGGUUAUCCGCUGUGGGUGUCGGACGAGUUGGAAGCUUGGCCGGAGAAGGAGCAGCCCAUUCGGUUUACUGAGAUUGCUUCCCUAUAUUCGGAAUUUAUCGGUGUGACCGCUAAAGGCGAGCUGCACCAGUGGCGUUGGGCGGAUGUUGAACCGUACAGGAGUAGCGAGUCGAUAAAUAUAUUCCACCCGAAGACGGUUCCACUGAACUUACUCUACGAGAAGGUAACGCAUAUUUCAGCUACGUCGAUCCGUUGUUCCGUCUCAACGGAGAGCGGAAGGAUUGCCACCUGGAUGGACGAACUGUUGGGUUAUGCAGGCAAUAAGCUGGAACAUGCCGCCACAAGUUAUCCGGAAUUUGCUCUGGAUAAGAUAGUCUCUCUGCACACGUGUACGUUGUACACUGUGGCUCGCACCGAAAGCGGAGAACUGUUCUGGUGGGGCGUUUUACCUUUCGGUCAACGGAAGCGUCUUUGGGAUAAAUACAAGGCCAAGGCUAAAAAACCUGUUCGACCAAGCUUGAACACGCCGGAGGUGACCGUCGGCGCACAGGUGUGCAUGAAAAAUAGUCCCAUGUACCAGCACGGUGCAAUAGGAUUCACGAUAUCAAACGGUGUACCGAAAGUAGGUCAGUUGCUGAAUGCCGCUUGGGAUUUAACCAACAUUUGCCGCUUCAAACUGCUAUCGAUGUCGACACUAUCUCAACAGCUUGGCCUAGUAUCUGGGAAUACUUCAACGGGAGCCUCCGGCAGUGGAAUCACCGCUCCGCAACCUCCGGUGGAGAUUAAAGAGAAAGCACCCAGUUCUGCAGGAAGCAGCAGCAAGCAAAGCUCCGGUAGCGGAAGCAACAAGGAAACAGCCGACCGGUUGGACAUGCCACCGCCGCCUUCGCCAGCAUCCAGUACUUGCAGCGAUACAGGCAGUGUAAGCAACUCCCACAAACGACAGAAACGGUUAGCCCCGAAGGAAGACCCCGACCCCAAGAAGGAUGAAGAGCAGUGGUUGUUAAAGGAUGUAAUUUUCGUGGAAGACGUUCGAUCGGUCCCCAUUGGUCGCGUUCUGAAAGUCGAUGGUGAUUACGCGGCGGUAAAAUUCCCGACACUUCUAUCGGCUGGAGCUGGCAGCUCGUCGGGCAGUGGUAUAGCUAGUGGCAGUGCUGCCGGCACUAGUGGCGGUAAUAGUAAGGACAAAUUUGACGACAGCAUCGAAGCCUGGCAGGAUUGUCGUUUGUUGCGGAAAGAUGACCUGCAAGUGAUUAAAUCGGCUACAACAUCGCGGGUGCCUGAUUGCUUUCAGAAGAUACCGCGGCGGAUCGUGCUGAAUCCACAUCUGCCGAGUGGAGAAACUAGCUCGCAGCUGCUGGCGAUUGCCGUUGAUUCGAAGGGAAUCCAUGCGAUUAUGAAAACCGGCAGUAAGCUGCACUAUUGUCUGUUUAACUUAAACACCGGUAGGCAGGAGCAGGAUAGUGUUUUUCCGACGGAUAUAGCUUCGUUCCUGGGUGCAUCCGCUCUGAAUGUUGCGCUCACUUGUGCCGGCGAUUGUUCGGAAAGUGUGCUUUUAUUGCGGGAUGGAAAUAAUACAAUUUAUCCUAUGGCUAAGGACUGUGUUGACGCGAUUCGUGAUCCGAGCUGGUUGGACUUACCACCGAUUAAGUGCAUUGCGGCGGCUUCAUUGACACUUCCUUCCGUUGGUGUGAAUCUAAAGUCUCAGGUGGCACUGGUAGUGCUGGCACCCGAACAUCAACAGCUAAUGUCGCGAAUUUUACGUUGCGAUCUGGAAGGUGUUCGUCACGUGCUAGCUCAGCUUGGAGACGAGCUGAAAAGCCAGCUAUCGUCGGUUAUUUCUGAGCAUACAGACCGUAAUAGAAACAUUAUUCAUGCUUGUAUUAGUAUGUGUUCGCCCACUUCGAAUAAAGAUUCGGACCAAGAUCUGCUGGCACAAGGAGCAUCCGGAUCUAAUUCCAAUGCAAACGGAGGUUCGGCCGGUCCCGGUUCCAAUUCUGCCGGCCUAGAGUGCAUCAACGUGAUCACAAAUACUAUGAUUGGCAACCGACCGGUCAGUAUUCGGGAAAUUAUGCGUCGCAGUGUGAAUCGUGAGCUGGAAGCUUCGAAUUCAAACAGCGCUCCGCUUCCUCCGGGAAGCGAUGAGGCACCGGGCGGAUCGCUGCCAGUUGUCUAUUGGCCGCCAGAAUAUGAUCCUACAAGCGGUGAUGAGGACAGCAUGAGCGGUUUGAAUGCUCCGUUGUCGCAAAAAGGCCUAAACGAAACCUACAUUUCAGAUCCGAACGAGCGGCGCGCAAAUGCUCUGCAGAUUGUACAGCUUUUGUGCGAGAGCUCAGUUCUUCAACCACAUCUAAGACAACUACUGAGCGCAAAGGAUGCUCAAGGACAAACUCCUUUCAUGCUGGCUGUAACCUGUCGCGCCUAUCAGGCUGGAAUCAUAGUUUUUAAUGCUAUUCUCAAGAUAGCUAAUGGAGAUGCCAGCAUUCGAGACUCGAUGAUAUUCCCGUCAGGCAGUGCUCCUGAUCAGUCCCCGUUGGGAACCCUAUGCUGUAAUGACACUUGCUCCUUCACCUGGACGGGUGCCGAUCAUAUUAAUCAAGACAUUUUCGAGUGUCGCACCUGCGGUCUAACAGGAUCUCUUUGCUGCUGUACCGAGUGUGCAAAGGUUUGCCACAAAGGACACGACUGUAAACUGAAACGAACAUCCCCGACGGCCUAUUGUGAUUGUUGGGAAAAAUGCAAAUGUAAAGCUUUGAUCGCUGGCAAUCAAACUAAACGCUACGAAUUGCUCUGUAAAAUGGCCACCGAUACGGAUUUGGUGACGAAAUUCAACUCCCGAGGAGAAUCGAUUCUACUGUUUUUGAUUCAGACCGUUGGUCGACAGAUGGUCGAGCAGCGGCAAUACCGAGCCACUUCCAGAGUGCGCAAUUCUUCGGGAAGUGCUAGCAGGAAAACUCCUUCCCUCGAAACCGAUAGCGAUAUGCCAGAGCACGAUCUUGAGCCGCCCCGCUUUGCUAGAAAGGCUCUCGAUAGGCUGCUGAAUGAUUGGCCAGCUGUGCGUGCCAUGAUAAUGACUGGUGCCGAGCUGGAAAAACCGGUGGUUCCCAAUCCGAAUCAACCAUUCUAUGACGACGACAACCAGCAGGUCUACUUGCAGUCGCAGAGCGGAACCACACUGCUGGAUAAAUUUACCCACAGUCUAAUUGUACGGUGCAGCAAUGAUCCACUGGAAAAGCUGCUGGUCACACUGGUAAAUGAACUGCAGAACGAAACCAUACCGAGUCGCAUCGAGGAGGCGCAAAAGGUAGCACGACGAUUCGUUCGGUCCGUUGCUCGAGUUUUCGUCAUCUUCAGCAUCGAACGUUUUCACAAUCCUGAAAAGACGCGCAACUCGACGACCCAGGCCAAACAUCUGCAGGCCUACCGGCGGGUGUUUACGACGCUGUUCAAGUUUGCGAUCGAAGAGUUGAUCGAGAUUUCCGAUGCGCUGAUCACGCCGGUGCGGCUGGGAGUGGUCAAACCGACGGCACCCUUCUCGCUGUCUUCUAGUAGCAUUGAUAGUACGGAUGACCUUUUCUCGGUGGAACCGUUGGCGCCGCCAACGAAUCGUGCCUCGAACAUAGUCGAUAUAGCCACUGGCAGCUCGCGAGGCGAGCCAGUCGAGAACGAGCGCAGCUCCAAUUCGGGAUUUAUGUCUCGCAUCAAUCUGCGUCUGCGUGAUAUAGAGGAUAAUAACGACGCCGAUGCAAUGGUUCAGGAUGAUGGGGAAACUUCCGAGCAGGAGGAAAUGUCCGAAAGGGAUCAACCGCCGCCUAGGCGAAGCUCCGGUGUGAGAGCGGUUGCGAGUGCGGCGGCUAUCAAUGCCUCCGAGGAGGAAUCGCAAGAUCCGCUAAGAAACGAAGAGGCAGCUCAAGGCGAGAGUGACACCGAAUUCAACUUUCAUGAAGCUGAAACUGAAUCGGAUUCUGACGAUAACCAAAGCACUCAGGACGCUCAACGAAGUGUGCAGACAGGUGCCACCGCCGGCUCGGACACAGGUCUGGCUUUGCUGUUUGACAACGAAGACGAUUCGGGCGAUUCCAGCCAACCGGAUGACGAGGGAUCCGAAGAUGGGGAAAGUGACGAUCACUCACAUGAAGAUUUCAAUCUGGGCGAUGAACAGCUUGAGCGCCGGCAGACUAGCAGUGGCAAUCAGCGUACCAAUCUUGCUCCGCAAUCGAUGCAAUGGGCUAUUCGCAGUCGGGACACAGAAAGAGUUCGCCUAACUACCGGCGGUUCUAAUCUGGUGUUCAUCGAUCCAAAUGCGUUGCGUCGAACUACGGCUGCCAGUGCUGCAGUUACUGCUGCUCAACAACAGGAAGCACCCACUAUGACUACAACGGCCAGUGCUCUAGCACGAACGUUUGGGAUUGUGUUACGACAAAUUUCUGACCUAAUCGGUAUGUUACCGACGAGCUUUACUGGAGCGUCAUCGGCAUUGGAUGUUACUCAUCAGGAAGCUGUUCAGCUUCAGAUGUACGUGGAAAAGCGUCUUCGACCAACCUGGGAAUGGAUUUUGACAGUAAUGGAAGCUACAGAGGCCCAGCUUCGUUUCGGAGCAUCGCUAACCGAUUCAACCGACCCAACGCAUCCGCUACAUCCGUUAAAUACACCGAGUUCAUCUGCAACCACCGCCACCAAUUCCACUGGUAUGAUGGGAGUCCUCGCAGGCAGUAGAAACCGAACAGCCAUCACUACGCUGGGCGCAACCACCGCGCGAAGUCUCGGAUUUAGCGAUAGUAGCAAUAACGAGCGAAGCACGCGCGAUGGUACCUCGUCCUCGGACGCAGCUUCAAGUCGACGGGACUUCCUAACUUAUUGCCUAUCGCUCAUGCGAGCCCACAACUCGGAACAUCGUGAUUUCUUGCCGGUGUUGGAUGUGACCGCCUUGCGCCACGUUGCAUAUGUGCUCGAUGCCAUUCUGUUCUACAUGCGAGCCACGAACGAUUGUGACAUCGAUCGUACCACUACCGGGUCGAAUGUUUGGGACGACCAGGAUGAGAAUGAGAACGAAGACGCUGAGGAGGAUAUAUCCACUUCGAUUGUCAUGGAUACGGAUUCGGUCGAUGACGACCUCAUGCGCCCGUCGCUAGGUCGCCGGCAUUCGUUUUUCCAACGAUCCGAGUCGACACUGUGCCUUGGCUGUCCGGCGCCGGAUCCGUUCAAUAACGCACUGGCAGAAGCGUUACCAUUGGCAGACCAACCGCACCUUUUGCAACCAAAUGCUCGCCGAGAGGAGUUGUUUGGAAUGCCCAAACGUCCCAUAACACUAGCGGCCAAUUCCCAGCAGACCGCUGACGGUACUGUCAAUCUGGAAAUACCUCCGGUUCGACUUAGUUUGUCUUCUAACAUUAGAGAUGAGCCAUCCGUUGCUCCCAGUGGGGAUGGAGCUGUUGGCAAUGUCGAAACAGUCGCAAUGGAGAUUUACCAAGAUGAGUCUUCACAGGAUAAUAAACAAACAGCUGGCACUAGUGGCACGGUCGAAUUAACAAUCCCUGUCAGUAUCUAUCAGGAUUCGAAGCAGCACAAAACUACCAUCGUAGUCAAUGAAAAAGGUGAAACAGUCUCACCGGUAAAAGAAAUAGCAGUUAACAAUUCCGAAGUGGAACCCAAGGCAGGUCCGUCUGGCGAGCAAUCACAGUCUCCAAAACCACCACCGCCACCGCCUCCGAUAGCGACUGGUUCAAACGCAUCCGGUGAAGUUUACUACAAGAAAAAUCGUCUAUUCUACAUUAAAAACAACAAAUACAAUGAGGAGUCCGACGUGGACGUUGACGACAUAAGCAUAAGCUCCGACGAACCGCAAGAUCUGUCCCAGUCGUCGCUUAAAUUGGACGGCGAUACCGAUCAGGACCAUGAUGAACUCUCCGAGUCCGAUUCCGAAGAUUCACGUCAGAUUAUCAAGCGCCAAAAGCUAGACGAAAGCGUGUCGAACGAUGGUACGGUGGUAGUGCAAGAAUCCACCUCAGCUUCCACCAUUCGACCACCGAUUAUCGUUACCCGGCGUAAGGUGCCCAUGGAGUCGUCGCAACAAUCAUCAGCCGGUAAUGGCUCGGAUGGCAAUUCGGCAGCAGUUAUUACGGCGCCAACUGGAUCGGCAUCGUCACUCUCCGAUCAACCGGGCACAAUUGCUUCGUUCGUUACGUACACAACCACCGGAAAUCAGGUGACGGUAGCCACGGGAGGAUCUGGAUCAGCUGCUGCAGCAAGCAGUAGUUCACCCGGCAAAAGCGUAAUCGUGCGCGCUGGACCUUCGACGUCCUUUUCGUCGUCAGCCAGUACCACUACGGAAGUCAUCCAGCACGCCGAGGCCAUGGAUUUGCAGGAAAUUUCCGCCCACGUAACCGUCGAAACGACGCCAAACGUUCAGCAGACCGUGCAGCCGGAGCUGCCCCCACGUGGCAUUUAUUUACGCUCGGGCAACCAAAUGAAUUCCUCGAUUCUUUCGGACAUACUGCUAGGCCGCUGGCGUCUGUCGUUGAUCCUCUUCGGGCGUGUAUUUCUCGAGGAUGUUGGAAUUGAACCGGGCAGCGUUAUCUACGAACUGAACGGAUUCCCUGUGAAAGAGGCAAAAUUUCGACGAUAUAUGGAAAAGUUACGUAACGCCCAACAGAAGGAUCUCACACUGUCUAAAAUGGAACGGAACAGGGCUUCGCUACUGACGCAAACAUUCAAAGAGCUCAACACGCACUACAACAACAGAAGAUUGCAAUCACCGCUGGCGUUUAGCCGUGUAAAGGUGACGUUUAAGGAUGAACCGGGCGAAGGUUCUGGCGUUGCCCGUAGUUUCUACACCUCGAUCGCGGAAGCUCUAUUGGCUAAUGAGAAACUACCGAACCUAGACGCUGCGCAAACUGGCGCAGCCAAAUACACAUCUGUUCCUUUCAACAGCAUGCUGCAACGACAUCGUAGCGCUAUAAGCACGAGUGGGAGUGGCUCGUCAGCGGCUCCCGGGGGCAGUAGCAGUGUCAAUCGAGAUUCAAACGUCCGACGUGGUCUGUCUAGUAAGCAACCUUUGUGGAGACCCAAUCGCGAUUCGAGAAAAACGCUCAACUAUGAUGCCAGACCAUUCCGACCGGCUGGCGAACAGGUUCAAGGAUCUUCGAACGCUGCUGGCGGGGUUGGAGGCAACAACAGUCCUCCUUUCCUACACAUCAACGACAGUUUACCGGCCCAUCAGCAGCAGCUGGGCGAGCGUCUCUAUCCGAAAGUUCAAGCCCUGUACCCGAACAACGCCCCAAAAAUCACCGGCAUGUUGUUGGAUCUUCCUGCCACACAAAUUCUCAUGCUGUUAGCAUCGGAAGAAAGUCUACGGCAAAAGGCUAAUGAAGCGCUAGAAAUUAUACUCAGCCGUCAGCGUCUAGAGAUAGACAAUCUUAGUGUAGCUGGUGCCGGAGGUUCGUCCGUAUCGGUGUCGGUCGGUAGCGGAUCGGGAGAUCAACAGUCUGCUGCCAGUACCGUGUACACACAAAGCCCUAGCUCUGGACUGUCUAAGAAGAGCGGGCCAGUAUUGAUUUUGGAAGACUGUCAGCUGGAUGCUCCGCUUUUCUACUCGCCCGGUAAGCGCGGUUUCUACAGCCCCCGCCAGGGUUAUCCCUCGAGCGAACGACUCAAUGCAUUUAGAAACGUUGGAAGAUUGGUAGGGUUGUGUUUACUGCAAAACGAACUGUUCCCGCUGUUUCUGCAACGCCACGUGCUCAAGUACAUCCUGGGCCGUCAGAUUCGUUUCCAUGAUCUAGCAUUUUUCGACCCGGUGGUGUACGACUCGCUGCGGCAACUGGUGAAGGAUUCUCAAACCAAAAGUGGAAUUACCAUUCUGCAGAGCUUGGAGUUAAAUUUUGUCAUCGAUUUAAUACCCGAGGAAGGUUCUGGCACCAUCGAGUUGGUUCCUGGCGGUCGUGACAUUCAAGUUAACGAGACAAAUGUUUUCGAUUACGUGCGCAAAUAUGCUGUAUAUCGCAUGAUAAAAACUCAGGAGAAGGCUUUGGAUGCACUUCGUUCGGGCGUGUUUGAUGUCCUGCCAGAUACCGCACUGGAUCAAUUGACGGCAGAGGAUUUACGGCUACUGCUUAACGGCGUUGGAGAUAUACACGUGGGAACUCUCAUCUCGUACACGUCGUUUAACGAUGAAUCGAAUGAAAGCAGCGAUAAGUUGCUUAAAUUCAAACGUUGGCUCUGGAGUGUUGUGGAAAAAAUGAGCAAUCUGGAGCGUCAGGAUUUGGUCUACUUCUGGACCGGUUCGCCUGCGCUGCCAGCCUCGGAAGAAGGUUUCCAACCGAUGCCAUCCGUUACGAUUCGUCCGGCUGACGAUGCCCAUCUGCCUACGGCCAACACGUGUAUAUCCAGACUGUACAUCCCGCUAUAUUCCAGCAAGGCUGUCCUCCGACAUAAGCUAUUACUGGCGAUUAAAACGAAAAACUUUGGAUUUGUCUAAACGACCAUGCAAACAUGGAGUGUAUGUUAAAGAAUGAAUGAAAUAAUUAAACCAGUGAUAGAGCGAUGAAGCACAGCGAAACAAUAGCAGCAAAGGAAGUUUACAAUCGAUUAUUAGACUCUGUUUAACGCAUUAAUUCAUUCCGCUCCUUUUGUCUGUAAAUAUGUUGAUUUAUUUGCGUUUUUGGCAUUAAAUAUGAAUUCCAAACUAUACUUGGAUUGCUCCUUGCUGGGAUGCCGGUAGCCGUGACACUCGGCUAAACGCUAUUAUAAUAACGAAUACAACUGCAAACUUGUGUGUGCACACAAGGAAAAAAAAUAAACACGCGUUAGCCUGAUACUUUUUCUCUGUUUGUAAUUGAACGAAAGGAAAAAAUUAAACACGCCCGCGUUUUAAUGUGAUUGAACCAUUUAUAUAUUCGAUAUAAAUGCAACUAUAUAAAUAAAUUUAUAUAUAUAUUUAUCAUAUAUACGGUUAAAAUCGUAAACUAUUCUAGCAUUAAACGCAAAGUUCUUUAGCAGCAUCAACAACAUGUAGGUAGAUCUAGGUUCAGUUUUGAAAACAAAAAAAAAAAAAAUAACGAAGGGAGAGGGUGUAUAAAAAGUCUAAGACGAACUAUAAUAGCUCGGGUCCGUUCACGUUGAGCAACUUAACUCGAAAUUUUAAGAAAAAUUCUCACCGAUCUUAAUCAUCGAUGUCGAUAUUUGCUGCGCUUUAACGUAAACCUCGUACAACGAUAGCUUCAAUUUUGUUAUUCCUAUUAUGUUGCAUCGCUCUCGUUUUCUAUUAAGUUUGUUAAUUUUUUCGAAUUAGUAAGCUUAGUUUUCUUUGAUUAACUUGAAACCUAUCGAUUAAUUGGGAUUUAUGUUUCCUUGUUAGUUUUUUUUUUGCAAAUUUACGACUAAAGCAAGGGUUAUCAACUUGGACGAUUUAGCAUCCUCUUCUAGUUUCGAAAAUUAUUAAUGUAUGGCAAUACCAUUCGGCAAAAUAAAACGUGCAGACUUAAAUACAGCAAAGUAGUAGUCGAAGAAAUGGUUGAAAGUUGAAAUAUCAAACGAACGAAACACGUUUUCCUGUAAAGGUGUCUAUUCGCAGUGGUUAUUAUCUGAUACACUUAAUCAACUAUAAUUAUUACUGGACUCAACUGAACUAUUAUUUCGUAAUUUCAAAGAAAUACAUUUUUAACAGAAGAAAA